GCAACAUCAACAAAGAAGUAAAACACUAUAUACAACUGACUUCUUUCAAAAUGGUGCAUAAAACAACAAAGUGUGGAGUUCACUCAGGGAAUACCCUGCGUGCGUCACACAGCAAAUACACCAAGACGUAUAGAAAGCAGUCCUGUCUUGUAAGAAAAGUUAAGAAUUCCACUAACCUUCGACUUCUGCAGGACUUUGGUAUUGCUACAGAUGAUGUGGCCUAUUCCCUCAGUAAAAAAGGCCGCUGGGUCCUGCCUACAGUCCUCAAAGAACACAUACUCCUCGGGGGAUUCAGCGAGGAAGGGCCUAAUGUUCAACUCACCGAAAAACACAAACUACGAAAAACAGCCAACUGCCUGGGAUUUUAUGCUUCUAAAGGACCAACCAGAAAAGCUGUACCAUCUAAAAAGCGGUAUUUCAAUGUUUCAAGUGUGAAGAAAGAACCCCAGUUGCCUAGUAAGGAAAAAGAGGAAGUAACAGAAGAUAAGGCAGUCAAUGAAUGUUUGGAACCCGAAAUAAAUGUUGAAAUUUUCCUACCAACUCCGAUCACAAGCUCUCUCACUCACAACCAAAAAUACAUCAGACCGCUUCACGAUACCGAUGUACAACUCAAUACAAAGAAACAGAAAAGAAAACGGAGACAUCGUAUGCAAUUAAAGUUUGACGUGGUAGAUAGCUAUGAAGAUGAUAUUUGGAAAGAGGAAGAAGAGAUUGAUAGUUACGAUGAUGAACUCUUUCAACCCGAGUAUCAGCGACCACAGAGUUUCUUUACAGCAACUGAUGUUCUCAAAUCAGCACAAAAAACCAAACAGAUCUUUGAGAAGUCGACAAAGAAAAUGAACCAUAAACAUAGCGAAGAUGAGAGAAACAAAAAAGGCAAUCUUGUGUAUGUCGACGAACCUUAUCCCACAUCACAGCUCAAGGAAACAAUAGAAAACAAAACAAAUAUACCAGACCCUGGUCAGCUUAGAUCCCAGCGAGUAAUGCUUCCAAGAAAAGUUAUUUUGCCCACGGAAGAGACAAGGCCAGAGUUUUUGAAAUUUAUUUACGGUAAAGGGUAUAUGGAAUGCAAAACAUUUCCUCGCACUUUCAUGAUUGACAUAACGGAUGAGGUGAAAUCUGUAAUGAAACAGAAUGCAAGAAUGAUGUAUAAAGCUUUCUGCAUGGACUUGACCACUGUCCUGAUUUUUACUUACGAUAUUUACACAGCUUCCUCGGACGGAGAAGAGGUAUUCGAUGUUUUCAUAAAUCUAAAUAUUGACUCAGAAGUAAUAGAGUUAGCAACUCUUUUCGAUUUCUACACUGGAUCAAUGGAGUCUGUAAUUGGCCAGGCGGUGUCUCAAGUAAAAUCUUACUCGGAAGAGCAAUUUGCAAAGCUAAAGCACUAUCCCAAAGGAAACAGCGAAAUAGCAUUUGAUGCCUUAAAUGCAGGCACGGCCCGAAGUAACAUAUCCACGCUAACAGAAGAAGAUGUUUUCACUGAAACUGUGCUGAAUAACAGAGAUAGAAAUGAAUCCAGCGAACAGUUAGGUCUGGGAUUUGAAGCUCUUCCACCAGAAAUAUGUUACAUCUGCUUUGAGGCAAUGAACGAGAACAGACCAGGAAUCGCGAUGGAGUGCUGCGGCCAUUGGUUUUGUAGAAGUUGCUGGAGAGAACAUCUAAAGCAACAAAAUUUCUCCAAGCUUCUGUGCCCCGAAUUUGAUUGUGAAAAAGAAGUGGACUUCACACUGAUUUUACAAGUUUUGAACAUUACCGAUGUUCGAAAAUAUCUGAUUCGGCAGAAGGAAACUUUAGUACAGAGUCAGUGCAAAUACUGUCCGAACGAAAAAUGUGGUCGUGUCCUCUCACCAUCUUUAACAUCAAGUAAACAAUACAACGCCAUCUGUGAGUGUGGGACAAAGUUUUGCCCUGCUUGCUUCAAAUUUCCCCAUUGGCCUGCCCCGUGUGAAAUAUCACUGGAAUAUUGGAAUUUAUUGAAAGAAAAGGGAGUUGAUGUAAAAUUUAAUACUGAAGACUUUUCAUCCGCGGAGGUCAAGGUGCGCGGAAAGAAUUGUCCUAAAUGUCAUCAAUUUAUAGAGAAACAGGGCGGGUGCUACAGUAUGACGUGUGUCUGUGGCACUAACUUCUGCUGGGGGUGUCGUGGAAUUUACGGAGUAAAUCACAAAGAAAGUGACCUCUGUUCUCAGUGGAAACACGGCGACCUUUUCCGCACUACGAAAAAACGCAUCGCUACAGAUCCAUUGCUUUCACUGAAAAUGAAAACGGAACCGGAACUCAUUCAAUUUGCUGUCAAUCAACGCGCAGAAAGAGCAAACUCCAAGACUUUACUCAUGAAAAGAAAGACUCAUUAUUUGUGUUUAAGAAUCCGGACUCUGGGAUGGAAAUCCUUUGCUAAAGCUGCAGGCUUACUGGAGAGAUACCAGUCAAAUGAGACGAAUAUUUUAUCUAAAUUCAAAGAUUUCCUGCGAGAUAUGAUCAAGCUUUAUCUGGAAAUGCGACAUCUUGCCGAAUACACCGCUGUGUUUGCAAAACAACAGAAUUUAAGGUCACAGAAAAGUUUAAACUAUGUUACUGAGCGUAUGGAUGAAUUAGCGUCCCAAAUUUACGUAGAAUUCCAGAGGGAUGUCAGCGCAGACCUGACGUGUUUUAUAGAUCGAAUGCUGUAUAUCAAAAAGCAUUGCAUGCAUACUGUCUCUGGACUUGUCAAAAUUAUUGAUGAAAAGAAUUUAAGUUAAUUUUUCAUUGAAAGAAAUAUU